CUCCGUAGCCUUAUUAAGUCGAAAGUGUUAUUCAUGUCCUGUUUAUGGUGGAGAGACUGAACCACUCGCAGUCCUGGCUCAGACUCCUUAUUAACCAACACAGAGCUUCACAUGUUCGAGUCCCGUUGACCUGUGGUCGGACAGGACAGUUUGCAGGGUGAUUGACAUGUUGCCUGUGGUGGUGGUCCAUGGAGGGGCGGGUCAAAUCCCAAAGGAGCGGUCGGAGAACACCACUUCGGGGGUGUGCUCAGCAACCCGAGCAGGGUAUGCCAUCCUCCGGGGAGGGGGCAGCAGCAUGGAUGCAGUGGUGGAGGCUGUGUCCCAGCUGGAGAACAAUCCCUCCUUUAAUGCAGGGUGUGGCUCAGUGCUGAACAUCAAAGGGGAGGUGGAGAUGGACGCUAUUGUGAUGGAUGGGAAAACGCUGGGAAGCGGUGCAGUCUCUGCUGUACGGAACAUAGCCAACCCUGUUCAGCUAGCACGACUGGUUAUGGACAAGACCAGCCACGCGUGUCUGACAGCAGAGGGCGCCAGUCAGUUCGCCCGGGCCAUGGGUGUCCCUGAGGUCCCCCUGGAGUCCCUCAUCACAGAGUACUCCCGUAUGCGUUGGAAAAAGAACUUGGCCCCCGAUGCCAACCCUGUGGAGUGCCAAAUGGGGAAGAUGGGCACAGUCGGAGCUGUGGCAGUGGAUAGCGAGGGAAACAUAGCCUGUGCAACCUCCACCGGUGGAAUGCUGAACAAGAUGGAGGGACGAGUGGGCGACACACCCUGCAUAGGCUCUGGGGGUUAUGCUGACAACCAGGCGGGAGCAGUGUCAACUACGGGCCACGGAGAAGCCAUCAUGAAAGUUACUCUGGCAAGACUCAUCCUGUUCCACAUGGAACAAGGUCAGUCGGUGGAGGCCGCUAGUGACUUGGGCCUGGCCUAUAUGAAGAGCAGAGUGGGUGGUCUGGGUGGGGUGGUGACUGUGGACCCCCAGGGCCACUGGGGCGCCCACUUCUCCAGCCUGCAAAUGGCCUGGGCUGCAGCUCAGAAAGACACCCUGCACUAUGGCCUGUACACCGGGGAACACUUCACACAGAGCAUUGACAAUCCACAGUGACAGAAAAUACAACACAUGUGGGUUUGAUAAUUUUCUUAAUUGUUGCUUUUAUUGACAAAAGAAAUAAUUUAGAUUAAUACUAAUGUAAACAAUAGAAAUAUAAUUUGGAUGAAAUUAGUUGAUGUUAACUGUUAAACAGCCAUUGUAGUAUUGAUUAUAACUACACUCCACGUACCUCACGUAUGGAUACAUUGGUGAGAACACACUGUUAUUUCUAUUGAUUGUUUGAUGCAGAGAAAUGGGUGAAGUUAUCGUCUAGACCCUCACCCUGGUCAUUAAAACUAAGACUUUGCAGGAAUGUAGAGAUCAUAUGGAAACUCAUGAGACUUCCUGAUAAAGUAAGAUGAUCGUGUGGAGCAACAUGAGCAUGAACCAUAGUCUGUAUAAAGAUGGACGACGCGUCUCCACUUCCUCCCACUAUUCAGAAAUUAAGAAGCUCAAACACUCCGGAUACUAAUGCUGCAUCCUGUGCAUUUGGAGCCACAGUCUGUGCAGUAGCGAUUGGGGGAUGGAGACACAGUCCUGAGGAUACAUGUGCUCCACAAUGAGAAGUCACCACAUUUUAUAUCAUCAGAUAAGUACUUAAAACCAAACUUAUCAGAAAAAUAAGCACUCGAAAAAACACAAGUCUGCUGAGGAGCUCACUGAACUGGACCAGGAGCUGUGUCACACUGUGGAACUACUGUCACCAACUCAGGUGAUGGAUAAUCCAACUUCAAGACUAACAUCUAGCUAAUGUGAAGCUAUAAUCAUAAAGGCACUAUUUAAUAAAAACUGAUUCCUGAUCUGUGCAGAAUGAAGUUGGCAGACAGGGGUUUUCUUGUGUAUGUGUCUUUUUGCAUCUUUGGUUAAAAUGUUUUGUUCAAAUUUGAUGGUAUGAUUGACUGGCAUUAUUGAUUUUGCACAGUAUAUAUACAUUUUCACAUAGAAAGUAAUUUCAUAUCAAACAUGUAAGUAUUAGAAUUGAGGCUUAUAUAAUGAACAGAAACAGAGAAUCUUUUUGUGAAUUUCUCAGUUGAUCGUAUUUUACAUGAAGGGCCAGUUUUACUGCUGGGACACCUUCGUAAUAAUUGAUGCAAAUGUUCAUCUUUAUUUUAUGUAUUGAAGUUACUGCCACACUUUGUAUUUCACAGAGAACAGUUAAACUCUGUGUUGUCGCAGAGAAUUGUUCUGUAGUAGUAGUGUGAGGUGAAACACUGACAUCAUCUCUGCACAGUUUGAGGCUGAGCCAGUAUUUGUGAAGUGCUGCUGAUCAGAUGAGUGUUAAUGCUGAAGCUUUCAUUUAGCAAAACACUGACGGUGACAAUAAAUUCCUUUAAUCCCUGGA